AUGGCCUCGGAAGGCCUGGCGGGGGCGCUGGCGGACGUGCUGGGGGGUAGGGGGCCGCGCGUGCUGAGCUGCGACUCGGUGCCGGCCGAGGAGCCGGUGACCCCGGUGAGGCUGCGGAAGAACGUCUGCUACGUGGUACUAGCCGUGUUCCUCAAUGAUCAGGAUGAGGUGCUACUGAUUCAGGAGGCCAAGCGAGAGUGCCGUGGGUCUUGGUACCUACCUGCAGGGAGAAUGGAGCCAGGGGAGACCAUCGUGGAGGCGCUGCAGCGUGAGGUGAAAGAAGAGGCAGGGCUGCAGUGUGAACCCCUGACGAUGCUGUCUGUGGAGGAACGGGGCCCCUCCUGGGUCCGAUUCGUGUUCCUUGCUCGCCCCACAGGUGGAAUUCUCAAGACCUCCAAGGACGCAGAUGCAGAGUCCCUGCAGGCUGGCUGGUACCCACGAACUUCCCUGCCUACUCCGUUGCGAGCCCAUGACAUCUUGCACCUGGUAGAGUUAGCUGCCCAGUACUGUCGGCAAGCUCAGCACCCUCCAAUUCUACCCCAAGAACUUCCCUGCAAUGUGGUCUGUCAACGGCUUGUAACCACCUUUACUAGCGUCCAGACAGUAUGGGUAUUGGUGGGCACUGUGGGGAUACCUCACUUGCCCAUCACUGCUUGUGGCUUCACCCCCAUGGAGCAGAGAGGUGGCAUGAAGGUAGCCAUCCUGCGGCUGUUACAGGAGUGUCUGACCCUGCACCACUUGGCGGUGGAGACCAAGGGGUUGCUUGGACUGCAGCAUCUGGGCAAAGACCAUGUGGAUGGUAUCUGUCUGAAUGUGUUAGUGACAGUGGCUUUCCGAAACCCAGGUACCCAAAGUGAGCCCCCGAAGAUUCGGGGUGAAAACUUCUUUUGGUGGAAGGUGGCAGAGGAAGACCUACAAAGCCAGCUCUUACAUAGGCUUCAGGAAUCAUCUGUCAUCCCAGUCAACAGAUAG